AUGACUGUUGCCUUGCUGUUGCCCCCUGUAUUAGUAUUACUAGUCUCCCGUUGUGAGAAUUGCUAUAGAGUUUCGUGGCAUGCAGUGACCAACUACUAUGUCAACACCAUUGUCACCGCACUUCAAAGCUCAGAAUGGGAGCGACUCCUCAAGCGGGUAGGCGAGGACGUGAUGUUGCAUCUGCUCACCGAAACUAGCAUCUUUGUUGCGCUGCCAAAUGAUUGCCUUUGUCAGGUCACCGGCGACAUGAUUCUCCACCGGAGGCCACCAGACAUGCAAUUGAAUGAUCUCUUGGAGGAACAAUCUACCGCUCCCCAACACUCUGACACAAAUCUAAAGCGACAUCAUUCCAAAGACCCCACCACAGAACCCCCUCGUAAACGUGCCCGAGUGGCACGACAACCUUCAACCAAGCCCGAUCAGAAGUGUGUGGCUAUGUUACCCUUCUUGAAGCUAUCUCCUUGA